AUGGCUAGCAUCAUAGAAGCAUCUGCUGCUUUGAGAAAGCGGAAAAACCUGAAAAGAGGUAUCAAUUUCACGUUGAUGGUCGUGGGAGAAUCCGGAUGUGGCAGAUCAACAUUUGUGAACACGUUGUGCGGCCAGCAAGUUGUGGACGUCUCCACGACGGUGAUGUUACCCACAGACGUAUCUACACAGGUGGAAGUGCAGCUAAGGGAAGAAACCGUGGAACUUGAGGACGACGAAGGCGUCAAAAUUCAGUUGAACAUCAUAGACACACCAGGGUUUGGAGGGUCGUUGGACAAUUCCCAGAGCUUCAAUGUGAUCUCAGACUAUAUAAGACACCAGUAUGACGAGAUCUUGCUGGAAGAAAGCCGGGUGCGGAGAAAUCCACGCUUCAAGGAUGGCAGAGUGCACUGCUGUCUGUAUUUGAUUAAUCCGACAGGCCAUGGGUUGAAAGAAACGGAUGUGGAGUUCAUGAGGACGCUGGCUCCUCUGGUAAACGUGAUCCCGGUGAUCAGCAAAGCGGAUUCUUUGAACCCAGCAGAACUCAAACUCAAUAAGAAACUAGUCAUGGAGGACAUCGACUACUACCAUCUACCAAUCUACAACUUCCCCUUUGAAGAAUCAGACAUUUCUGACGAAGAUUACGAAACCAACAUGCAUUUGCGCUCUCUCAUGCCCUUCUCGAUCGUCGGGUCCAACGAGGUGUACGAUCUGGGCGAUGGCACUCUCAUUCGCGGCCGUCAGUACCCAUGGGGCACGCUGGAUGUGGAGGACUCUACUAUUUCCGACUUUGUACAACUCAGAAACACGCUCCUGAUCUCGCACUUGCAUGACUUGAAGGAUUACACUCACGAAAUCCUGUACGAGCGUUACAGAACCGAAGCACUCUCGGGCGAGACCUCGGCUCCCAGCUCACAAGGCGCCCACUUCGCGUCAAGCGGGACCGGUCCUACGUCUCCUGUCGCCUCGGGAAAGUCUUCGUUCCAGGCUGCGGAGCACGACUCUCUCAACUCGUCUUUGAAGCAACCUGUUGGGGGCCAAGACACGUAUCUCGCGCGUGAGGAGCAAAUAAGACUGGAAGAAGAAAGAUUGAAAGCGUUCGAAGAGCGUGUUCAACAAGAACUGCUCAUGAAGAGACAAGAGCUGUUACAAAGGGAACAAGAACUUAGGGACAUAGAAGAGAGAAUUGAACGAGAAGCCAAACAAAGAGCGGAAUCGGAGGGGCUCGAGUAA